AAUAUUCAAGCAAUAAAAAUAGCUUUAGUUCUCAAAAGAGCAACAAAUAAAUAAAAAAGUAUAAGCCUAAUAGAAAUGAAUAAUAGCCAUUUUUCCAAUGUUGUUGACCCCAGAUAUUCUAGUUCUAGCAGUUCUCCUCCUUAAUAACAAUUUACUUAAUCAGUGAGCUAAUUCAUUACAAGAUCAAACAACUAAUCAUAAUAUGUAUAACAUCCACCUAUUAAUUAAUCAGAACCUAUUCAUGGUUAAUCGAACUAAUAAUUCCUUACUUCUAUCGUUUAUCAAUCACCUGCUCAAACUAAUACCUAUACAACUACAUUAAACUAUGGUAAUGUAUCAAAUCCUUUACAGAGCCAAUAUAUUUCUGAUACUUCAAAUAUUCAAGAUGUUAUUGAGUCAGUCAAGAGAAGUGCAGCUCUAAGAUAAUCUUAGCAACAAUAACAAUCCCAGAUUUAGCAACCUUAAAUUGUUGAGCCUUAAAAGUUUGGAAACAGUACUUUAGUAAGUAGCUAAUAUGUCCCUUAUGAUAGUAAUUUAAAUACUUCUUUCAAUCCUAAUAAGUAAUAAUAGUCAUUACACUAAUAGCCUUCAUAGUAUGUAAAUUAUCUUUCUCAAAGCUAAAGCGGACUAGUUAAUAGCACAAAUUUGAGUGUACCAUCCUUCAGUGGAGCAGGUGGAUUGGGUUACUAUCAAACUCCUGAUCGCUCUGUUUAAAUUAAGUAAGAUUCUAACGCACAUAUCAAGUUCUUAACUCCUAACAAAUCACCAAGUGCUUGUAAGAUAGUAUAGCGCUCACCAACUAAGCAAUAAUUAGAUAGAGAAAUUGAUAUAUAAAACUAAAUUGCUUAAUAAGAGUAUCUUGCAUGCUAAAACUCAGUUAAUAGUUUGAAGAAUAAUAUUGAAUUUAUUAAUGCUACAAAUGCUUCACCUGAUAAAAGACAUACAGCAAAAUCUAUUGUCACUCAAAUGGGUGCUCCUCUCAAUUGA